GCAGAGCAGAGAUGUAGCGUAGCUCGCUGGGACUCCGUGGCCAGCCGUCUGUCACUUUUACCGGGGGAUUAUAUGUUUGACAUUACCGCGGAAUGGGAAAUAUUGGAUUCAAUUGUUUGCACAGUUACACUUCAUGAAUGUGUCGCGUAAUGCGGCCGAAAAGAACUGCCUUUUGGGGGGAAUUUUUAUGUUUCGGGACGGUUUUGUUGGAGUAGCUAGUUGCUAGCGCUGGGCUAGCGACUGAGCUGGCUACUUCGAACCUAUUUUGUAAGGAUGCUACGGUGGAUACGACAACAGCUGGGCUUUGACCCCCCUCAUCAAAGUGACACCAGAACAGUUUAUGUAGCAAAUCGGUUUCCGCAGCAUGGCCACUACAUACCCCAGCGCUUUGCUGACAACAGAAUCAUCUCCUCCAAGUACACAAUUUGGAAUUUCGUCCCAAAGAAUCUGUUCGAGCAGUUCAGAAGGAUAGCAAACUUCUAUUUUCUCAUCAUCUUCCUUGUACAGUUGAUGAUCGACACCCCGACUUCCCCUGUCACCAGCGGCCUGCCUCUUUUCUUUGUGAUUACAGUAACUGCCAUAAAACAGGGCUACGAGGAUUGGCUGAGACACAAGGCAGACAACGAGGUGAAUGGAGCUCCCGUCUUUGUGGUUCGCAGUGGAAGUCUGGUCCAGACAAGAUCCAAGAAUAUCAGGGUUGGAGACAUUGUUCGUGUGGCUAAAGAUGAGACGUUCCCUGCUGACCUGGUGUUGCUGUCGUCUGAUCGGGCAGAAGGCACCUGUCACAUCACCACAGCCAGCCUUGAUGGAGAGACCAACCUUAAGACUCACUACUCUGUGGCGGAGACAUCAGUGUGUCAGUCAGUGUCCCAACUGGAGGCUCUGCAGGCAGUGGUGGAGUGUCAACAACCUGAACCUGACCUGUACAGGUUUGUUGGCCGGAUCACAGUGACCCAACAUGGAGAAGAAAUAGUCAGACCACUGGGUCCUGAGAAUUUGCUGCUUCGAGGAGCCAGGUUGAAAAAUACCAAAGAGAUUUUUGGUGUGGCCGUUUACACAGGGAUGGAGUCCAAGAUGGCCCUUAACUACAAGUGCAAGUCUCAGAAACGAUCUGCAGUGGAAAAGUCCAUGAACACCUUCCUGAUCAUCUACCUGGGCAUCUUGCUUUUUGAGGCCAUCCUCAGCACCAUCCUAAAAUACGCCUGGCAGGCUGAGGAGAAAUGGGAUGAACCUUUCUACAAUCAAAAGACUGAACAGGAGAGAAACAGCAGCCCGAUCCUGAAGUUUAUCUCAGACUUCUUGGCCUUUAUGGUCCUCUAUAACUUCAUCAUCCCCAUCUCGCUCUACGUUACUGUGGAGAUGCAGAAGUUCUUGGGCUCCUUUUUCAUUGGCUGGGAUUUGGACCUAUAUCAUGAGGAGAGCGACCAGAAAGCUCAGGUCAACACCUCUGACCUCAAUGAGGAGCUGGGACAGGUGGAGUACGUGUUUACAGAUAAGACAGGUACGCUGACAGAAAAUGAGAUGCAGUUCCGUGAGUGUUCAGUUAACGGAACCAAGUACCGAGAAGUUAACGGCAAACUGGUACCAGAGGGAAUGACUGACGACUCCCCAGAUGGUUCAACGCCUCAACUGAUGGGCGAGGAGUUGUUAUUUCUGAAAGCGGUGUCCUUGUGUCACACGGUUCAGAUCAGCUACGAUCAGCCAGACUGCCUGGUUGGGGGAGGAGACCCAUUCUCCCAAGUGAACGGUUUUUCUUCGAGUCACAUGGAGUACUACGCCUCUUCCCCAGAUGAGAAGGCUUUAGUAGAGGCAGCAAAGAGGAUUGGAGUGGCCUUCACUUGUAGUAAUGGAGAAACUAUGGAGAUCAAAACAUUUGGCAAGUCAGAGAAAUAUAAACUGCUACAUGUAUUAGAGUUUGAUGCUAACCGCAGGAGGAUGAGUGUCAUACUGCAAACUCCCUCAGGAGGGCAAGUGCUGUUUACUAAAGGAGCAGAGUCUGCCAUCUUGCCUUUCACCACCAGUGGUGAGAUAGAAAAGACGAGACUUCAUGUUGAUGAGUUUGCCUUGAAAGGUUUGCGGACCUUGGUGGUAGCAUGUCGCCACUUCAGACCAGAAGAGUACAUUGAUGUGGACAGGCGUCUGAACGCCGCCCGCACUGCGCUGCAGCAGAGGGAGGAGAGACUGCAGGAGGCCUUCAGCUACAUCGAGAGAGACCUGCAUCUGCUGGGAGCAACGGGGGUGGAGGACAAACUUCAAGACAAGGUUCAGGAGACCAUUGAAGCUCUGCGGCUGGCAGGGAUCAAAGUAUGGGUGCUGACAGGGGACAAACAUGAGACUGCAGUUAGUGUCAGUCUGUCAUGUGGCCACUUCCACAGAACCAUGAACAUCCUGGAGCUUCUGCAACAACGCUCUGAUAACGAGUGUGCCGAGCAGCUCCGCAGACUAGCCCGGAGGAUAAAAGAGGACCACGUAAUACAGCACGGGCUAGUCGUGGAUGGAGCAAGUCUAUCCUUAGCAUUAAGGGAACACGAGAAGCUCUUUAUGGAAGUUUGUAAAAACUGUUCAGCGGUGCUGUGCUGCCGUAUGGCUCCGCUGCAGAAAGCUAAGGUGGUUCGUCUUUUAAAAACCUCUCCUGAAAAACCAAUCACCUUAGCGAUUGGAGAUGGAGCCAAUGAUGUCAGUAUGAUACAGGAAGCUCACGUAGGCAUAGGUAUCAUGGGAAAAGAGGGUCGUCAGGCCGUGAGAAACAGUGACUAUGCAAUUGCCAGGUUUAAGUUCCUGGCUAAACUACUGCUGGUCCACGGCCACUUCUACUACAUUCGAAUAGCUACACUUGUACAGUACUUUUUCUACAAGAAUGUGUGUUUUAUCACGCCCCAGUUUUUAUACCAGUUCUUCUGUUUGUUUUCACAACAAACUCUGUAUGACAGUGUUUAUCUGACACUGUACAACAUCUGUUUCACCUCACUGCCCAUCCUGGUGUACAGCCUGUUUGAGCAGCUGGUCCAUCCACACGUUCUGCAGAGUAAACCUGGCCUGUACAGGGACAUCAGCAAGAACUCUCUGCUGUCCUUCCGUACAUUCCUGUACUGGACUGUGCUGGGUUUCUGUCAUGCCUUUGUCUUCUUCUUUGGGUCCUACAUACUGAUGGGAGAAGACACCACACUUAUGGGCAACGGACAGAUGUUUGGAAACUGGACAUUUGGAACGCUUGUCUUUACAGUCAUGGUCAUCACAGUCACAUUAAAGCUUGCUUUAGAGACUCAUUUCUGGACGUGGAUGAACCAUUUUGUGACCUGGGGUUCAAUCGCCUUCUACUUCAUCUUCUCCCUCUUCUAUGGAGGCAUUAUCUGGCCGUUCCUCCACACCCAGGACAUGUACUUUGUAUUCGUGCAGCUUCUGUCCAGCGGUUCGGCCUGGUUCGCCAUCAUCAUCAUCGUUAUAACUUGCCUCUUUCCUGAUGUGGUGAAGAAGGUCUUCUAUAGACAUCUGCAACCAACCAGUACACAGAAGAGUCAGUCUCUAUCAACCCCCCAGGCGCAGGCCCUCAGCUGUGUGGAGUCCCUGUGCUGCUACCAACAUGGGCAGAGCGGCUGUUCCCGCCUGGCCCGCCUCAUGGAGCAAAUGACCGGGCAGUGCCGGGCCAGCACCAACCACUGCACAGCAUCAAGCCGCAGCAACAGGUCUUGGAGUGACACGGAGAACUUCUACUCCAACGAUCGCAGCAUCCUGACCCUGUCGCCCAUCGAGGCCACCCACUGCUGACUCCCUGGGGCCUCCAAACACAGUGAGGGGGAGCUACCACUCCGCUAUGAGUCAUAAUCACACCACCACACCCCCAGCACCAUUUAUGCACCUACCUACUUCAAUUUAAAGUCACCGCUUUUUCAAGAGGGACAGGAGCACUUGGAGUAUGAAAAACCAAAGGAUUUUUAGUACAACAGAUGAGGAGGAUGACAGAUCUGAAGGGAAUGACACCUGAAUCUGGAGAAAGUCAAUACAGCAUCAAGCAGACAUCUGUGGAAGAUUAUCGACAUCUGAGCAGCAACACAUUUAUCAUACUUCUGCUGCUAACAGGGCAUCUGCAAGUCCUACAACUGUAUCAGAAACAUCCAAUUUAGUUCCAUUUGAAAGUCAAGAACAGAUGUCAGACUUCAAAUAAGCCCAGGUGCAUAGCCUCUAAAGAAGAUAUUUAUUUUUGUUUUUCAGUACAGUUUAAAACUUUUCUUUUCGUGCAAAAGUUAUUUGUAGAAACAGGGUGGAGAUUCCUGACAAUCUGGACUUUUUUCUACAAACAUAAGCUGAUGUCAGGCAUGAGUCCUUCUUGAAAUGCUGCAGACUUAGCACAGUGAGCUAACAGAGCUUGAAAGUACAUGUAGCACCAGGAAAAAGCUUCAUAAAGUCAGACAUGCCUGUUGGCUUACAGCUAAGGCUCAUCAUACUUCCUUGGCCCUGGAUGAACCUUCAUUUCUUAUCCUGGUGGAAAGGGAAAAGUCUUGUAGCUUUCAGAGCCCCCAGUGGCUCUAUAAAUGUCUGGACUUGCUACUUUUGGAGCUUCAGAACCCGCUCAAAACUGUCCGGGGAGAUUCAUCUCUACAGCAGAACCAAAGACCAAAGGAUUCAGACUGGAGUAUAACAGAUAAAGAUAUUUUUGUGCCUGAUUGUACAGAAGCUUAUAUUGUUAAGAAGACAUUUGUUAUUGUCCAUGCUGCUUUCAGGCCUCUCUCUCUCCUCCAUGUGUUCUCUGAAGGAGGCUAGAUUGGUCUCUUUAAAAAGCCAUACAUUUUCCAGAGGUUAUAUUAUCAGUGGGUAACUAAAGGUACCGCAGAUAGAUGCUGUUUGAGCCUGUUGUUUUUGUGUUUGGAAACUUGUUCCCUAUGAAUGCCUUUUCUCUUUCAGCCUGGUUAGCAAAAGCAUCUUAGCAUUAAAGACCUCUGUGCUCGGGGAAUAUUUUAAGGUGAUGGGAUCAAAUAUCCUUGAAGUAAAAACAUCCCUCUCACUUUCCUAAAAAUAUUCCCUCAGUAUCAGAUCAGGUAAUGGUACCUUUUCUUUCUUCAGUGAGAUAAAAAUGGCUUUAAUGGCGAGAUGCUUUUUCCAAACGGUGGCUGAUGCACGUCAACCCAGACAGCAGAAUGUCUCUAUCUUUAGAGGGAUAGCUAUAGCAGAUAAAUAUAUUUCAGCUGAAACAGAGAGGAAACUAAAAGCAGAACAUUUGCACAAGUCACAUAUCACAUCAUUUUUUUGUUGUGUUUUCUUUUUGUUUCCUAAUUCAUUGCUCGUCUUUCCCCAUUGAAAUCAUAUGCCAUGUUUUUGCUGUUUCCAUGUCCUUGCCAUGUGUGUCUGUCCAUUGUAUUGAUGAAGUGUGUGUGCUUUUUGGGGAGUUUGUUUGUGUGUUUCUUGAAGGGUAGCCAUAUUGGUUGAAGGAACUGCACAGUGCAAAGCCUUGUUGCUCACUCUUUAACAAUACCAGUACAACAAUAAUCAUGGUUGGUAACAAUACCAAUCCUAAAGUCGAAGUAUCUCUGUGAUAUUCGGUGUACUAGGGCUGGGUAUCAUUAUCUUUCUUAAAAAUAUCAGCAUAUCAGGCCGUAUUCAAACAGAUCAAAUCAAACACCCCUGUUGAAUCCUUUUUGUGCCCAAAUCUAGACAAUAAUACCAUUUUUGUUGUUUCUUGCAGACAUUUUCUCAAACUUUUCUGAUUUGAUGCAACAUUUGAUUGACACAUUAAGUUUGCUUGAGGUCUUGGCAGAGUGUGCCCUCAUACUGUAAAGCUAGAUACAACCAGAAUAUUGGAAAGUUUGGCAAACACACGUUGAAUCAGAUAAAGAAUGAAAAAGUUGUACCUAACCUCUGCCUGUGUCAGAGCCUGGCUAAUAUAUUAUGCAAAUAAUAUUGUCUGACAUGGAGUAAUUUUAUGAAUAUCACCAUUACCGUCUUUCUGUCCCAGAAGUACUAGAUUUAAAAACUGCUUUACCAUUUACACAGAACAGUGUUGCAGAGCUUAACAGCAGACAUAACUGGUUGACUAUGUUUUUUUUUUUUAAGUCUUCACAAACUAGCGGUGGGCAAUAUGGACCAAUAUUCACAUCUUGAUUCGGAUUAUGUGCGAUUGGCAAGCUUAAUGAUUCAAGUCAGUCAGUUCUUAAUAUUUUAUUCAAACUGGCUUCCUUAUCUGUUUUUUUUUUUUUUUUUUUUUUUUUUUUUUUUUUACAUCUAAAGUCUGUAUUUUUCCCUUACUCUCUAAUUGGUUACUUUAUCACAGUUACUGUUCAGUAAUGAUAUUUUUUGAAUACCCAGACCUACACUUCACCACCGUCUUCUUAAAAAAAUGGCAGAAGGAAACAUUUAAGAGAUUUUUAGGAGAAUUCAGUUGACAGACAAGAGUGUAGGAACCUUCGGUAGACAACCGUUUUAGACUUUGCAUCAUCAACCAUACAACGAUGACGAGUCCAUGCCUCAGAUCACACAGGGAACAUACAGAGUCAUAGGAAGUUUCUGUGUCCAAAGUCAGAGUCAAAUGUGUUUUUGUCGGUCAACUCAUUGAAGAUGUUUUUUACUAAACGGUACAUUGUUGACGCAUAUCUGGGCCUGUUACAUCCUUUCUGUUCAUACAGGGGAAAAUGAAAGUUUCUAUUUAUUACUGUACUUUUUUGUCUGUUUAUGUUGAACAUUUGUUACAUAUCCAUUUAUUUGUUCUGUAAAUGAAUGCAGGACUUAUUUAAGAUAUUUCAGCUGGUUUUGGACACAUAACAAAAUGGGCGAACCUCCAUCCAAACCCCUUUUUGUUUUAUGUGGAAGCUGUCAGCUGCACACUUGAAUUUUACUUACAGUACAUUUAAAGGUUGCUUCCAUUUAGAUCUCUCCAUCCAGAAACCAAACAAAAAAUUUUUUUGUCAGUUUUGAUUUUACUGGGGUCAUAAUUUUGACUGAAAAGUCCACCUGUGUUACCCUGUGAUACAAUCUGAACUAGUAAAAAUAUAUGUUUGUCCUGCUAAUCUUAACAUGGACUAUAAAUAAGGUCAAAGAGCAUGUAGCCUUCAAGGAAAUCUGAUUUGCAUUAUGGGAAUUGUAGGACACAGCGUUUUUUGGAGAUAGACAUAUGUGGGAUUUGAACUUUUGUCUCUUAUGCAUUAAUUUUAACUUUUGUUUUCAACAGAACUCUGUAUUUAAGAGUAUCCCUUUAAUACUUCCUCUAAAAGGUCAGACGAGACGGCUUAAACUCUGGAUCCUACAACUUUUAGAAAAGGUCAACCCUGCCUGGUAAACGAUGCCAUGAAAGAAAUGUAUUAAAAACAGCAAGACCUGAGUCACACCUGUAACAAAACUGGUCAUUUUUUUCUGACUUUGUUCAAAGGGGACAUAUUAAAAAAAAAAAACAUGUUCAGUGCUUUUGCUCUGUGUUCAAAGGCAGGAAAAGGGUAUAAUAUGUAAAAAAAAAAAAAACACUGUUCAGAUAUCAAGCUCUUGUGGCAAGUCUCCAUUUUUGUUACAUAUCACAGCAAAUUUACCCGACAGCGAACUAGAUAAUCCAAUUUUUUGAUUGUAAUGUAAGUCACAGUACUGAACAAUCACCCACCUCUAAGUUUUAUUACGUACCGGCCUCAGCCAGAAGAAAAUGUCCUUGUUUCUGAGCACCGGGACUUCCAGGAUUCAGAGCUGUGACUCUGUGGAGUUUAAAGUGACACCAGAGCAGAUGGUAGACGAGGAAAGUCUAUUCCUCCCUGACCAAAGGCAAAACAGUCAGAGCUGUGCAGGAAUCACCUGAAGUGUUAGAGCCGCUCUGAUGCCCCCUUGUGCUCAGCUACGGAGAGCCAAAGUGUUCAAAAUGAAAAAUAUUGACAAGUACUAAAAUGCAUGCAAAAAAGUGCUUGAAAAUUAGCAAAUGGGGAUGCUUUGGACAAAAGUUUUGAUUGCAGGAUAUAAAUGUAAGGAAAACAGUUAUAAAGGUAAUUUUGAAAUAAGAUUGUCAGUAAAAAGCCUCAUCAUUUUGAACUCCUUGGCUUUUCAUAUUUACACGUUUUUCCUAGAAACAAAAGCAGACAACCAUAAUUGCUGUAAAUGUGGUUAUAAUUGUAUUUUUACACAGACUGUUUACCCUGAUAUCAAUGUUUUUGGUUGUGAUACAUUUCAGAUGUAAUCAGGGCCUUGGUGGUACUACAGUGAUAUCCUAAAUGCUGUUAAUGCAGGAAACAGACGCUUUAAUGUGACAUGAGAAUCGAUGUGAUUGUGCAGAGCAUCGCAGCGCUGACAUCACUGAAGCUUCAUGAAACGAGAGCUCGGAGUUUAGAAAUGAGGCCUCGGGGAUAUUUCUGGAAGCAGGAGAUUACUCAACCACAUAAUCUAAAAAAUUAUCAUUGAAUAUUUGAUCAUGAUCAUCAUCUGUAGUCGAGGCCUGUCAUCUAUCUGGAGCAGCACUGCAGUUUAAUGAGAGAACUUAUUAAAGACAAUGAGAGCUGUCCGACUCUUUGUGCAGGACUUAUUUUAUACCAGCAUCUCCUGCAUCCAGAAACACGGACUGGAUAUAAAUUAAUUCAAACUAUUACAUAAAUAAUUGUUUUAGAAUUGAUGAUAUAAUAAUAUUAAAAAACAAAUCUGCCUUAAUGCCAGUACAUUGCAGAAAAACUAUCACAUGAUGUUCGUGCUGAGGUGCUCUGUGAAUAGCAGCCAGCAGUCUGCAGACUUGAAUCAAAUUAGAGAUUUUCUUUAAUCCAAUCAGCUAAAAGACAAAAAUCUAAAUGAAAAUGUCAGGCGAUCAGUUCUGUGCAGCAGAUUGUCCUGUGACUCAGCAUCAGCCUGUGGGACACAGGGCUGCAGAUCAGAUCGGGGCGCUCCUUUGAAAUAAUUUUUUAUUCUCUUGUCAUCAGUAAAUCAAGCUGCAUCCAACGAUUAAUAACCCACCAUCAUCACUCUUCUGUUGACUGAUAUCUGUUGUCGUCUGUCUGUCCUUCCUUCUGUCUGUAACUCUGUCUUAUAGCUGAUGUUUAUGAAGAUGCGGUUCUAUU